AUAACGACUGGUACCUCUGCCACGUGACGCUUCUUGCCCCAGAAGAGGAACUUCUGUCCUGGGGUAUGUACCCAUACCCCUACCUGGCACGUGUCGAUCCAGAUGCCCGAAAAGGCGCUCUCAUCUACCAGCUUGUCGUGUACUACAAUAACAAUGAAAACACCAGCGCUGGGAUAACUUACACGCUCAUUGCAGGUGGUGAAGAGCGAUUCCGCGUAGAUAAGGAUACUGGCAUUAUCAUGACGACUGGCUUGCCUUUGACGUGGAACAAGGAGUACGUGGUUACUGUGGAAGCCACUGAUGAGUACGGCAACAAAAGCCCUUACGCUUCCAUUUCCAUCCUGGCAGGCUCCCGACCUCCGCAGUUCACUAACAUGUCCUACAGUGUGUUUGUCCCUGAAAACACUCCAGCAGGAGAAAAAAUAGCAGUUGUUGAGGCUGUUUCUUUCCAGAGCCAGCCUCUUUCAUACACUCUGCUGACGAACCCCAGCGGGCUCUUCAGGGUGAGGCAGGAGAGCGGAGAGCUCAGCCUGACCCACCCCGUGGACUAUGAGAGCGAGCACCACCUCUAUCACCUCUUACUGAAAGCCAUGGAAGUUGAGAGCACUCUUAGCAGCGUGACUGAGGUCAUGGUCCAUAUCACCGACGAAAAUGACUGUUUUCCCGAAUUCCAGCGCUCCAUUUACAGCAGAGACAACAUUCCCGAAACCAUUCCUGUUGGCACAUCUCUACUGCAAGUGCUUGCAACAGACUGCGACUCUGGCUCCAACUCUGAGAUCACUUACUUCAUCCAGAGCACUGAUUUUUCCAUCACACGUCACGGGGUUAUCAAUUCGAACCAGAGGCUGAACUUUGAGCGAGCAAACCAUAUGUAUGAAUUUGUGGUGAUAGCUGUCGAUAAAGGACAUCCCCCUCGGACAGGGACAGCGUCUGUGCGUAUUCGAAUGGCCAAUGUGAAUGACGAGGCCCCUGUCUUCUCCCAGUCCGUUUACAGAACUUUCCUUUCAGAAGAUGCUGGUCCCAGCACUUUAGUGGCUACUGUUCGGGCAAAGGACCCUGAUGGAGAUGGGCUGCUAUAUCUGAUUACGGGAGGCAAUGAGGAGGGCAAUUUUGAAAUGGAUAGUCAGAAAGGUAUCAUUAAACUCCGUAGAAACCCACCACCCAACCUGAAAGGGCCACAGUACACACUGAACAUCACUGCGAUAGAUGACAAUGCCUCGGGGGGACCUACCCCUCUCAGCAGUUUUGCUGAGGUUAUUGUAGGAGUUAACGACAUUAAUAACAACAAGCCUGUCUUCAGAGAGUGCGCUUACUACAGUGACAGCACCUGGGUCCUGGAGAACCAGCCUCCAGGCACAUAUGUGCUACAGGUAGAAGCCUACGAUGCAGACCUCGGCGUUAAUGGGGAGGUGAAGUAUGGGCUCAUGCACCGAGACGGAGCUUCCCUAAGCUUCAGCAUUGACCCAGACACAGGAGUCGUCACAACCACCCAGAGUUUUGACCGGGAGCAGCAGAGGGAGUAUACACUGUCUGUCACUGCCACCGACCAGGCCCAGGAACCGCUGAUCGGCGUGUGUCAGAUCACCAUCCUUAUUGCUGACGUCAAUGACAACGAUCCCAAGUUUGAGAACAGUCGCUAUCAGUACUUCCUUAGGGAAGACACUCCGUUGGGGACGAGUUUCCUCCGUGUUACAGCUCAUGACAGCGACCAAGGUGUGAAUGCUGCUGUCACAUACUCAAUGUUAGAGCACCAACUGGAGUACUUCCAGAUCAACCCCAGCACAGGCUGGGUAUACGUGAACCUCCUGCUAUCCCAGACAACACGCAUUAGUCGCUAUAUUGUAGCGAGAGAUGGCGGGAACAGAAGCAGCACCGUGGAGCUGACGGUCACUGUCACUAAUGCGCUCAGCCAGCCGCCCCGGUGGGAGCAAAGCAGAUACUGGGUAACCAUCCCCGAAAACACCAUUCGUGACACCAAGAUAGUGACCAUCAAAGCCACAUCCCCUCUUGGUGAUCCCAGAGUUACAUAUAAUCUGGAGGAGGGUCAAGUUCCAGAGACUAACAUGCCAGUCCGUUUCUAUCUGAAGCCAAACAGAGCUGAUGGAUCUGCUUCUCUUCUAGUCGCUGAACCACUUGACUUUGAGACAACCAAGUUUUUCACCCUGACAGUCCGGGCACAAAAUGUAGCGAUGACUCCUUUAGCUUCCUUUACCACUGUUUGUGUGAAUGUAACAGAUGUCAAUGAUAAUGUUCCGUUCUUCGUGUCUUCUAACUACGAGGUGUCUGUGCCAGAAGGAGCUGAUGUUGGCACAUCUGUGGUUCAGGUGUUAGCUACAGACUUGGAUUCUGGCCUACAUGGAGAGGUUCACUACUUAAUAUUGAAAGAUGCUAGUGAGGAUUACCAGUUCUUCACCAUUGAGCCUGAUACAGGAGUUAUCUCCACCCAUGCAUCUUUUGACAGAGAGAAAAGAGCCUCUUACUUGAUUGAAGUUCAGUCUCAGGACUCUUCAGAAUCUGCUAGACCGGGUGUUCAUGGGCAGCCCAACACAGACACAGCCUACGUAAGGAUUUUUGUCAGUGAUGUGAAUGACAACGCUCCAGCCUUUCCUCGGUCAGUGUAUGAGGUCAGCAUAGAUGAGGACAGGGAUGUUAGAAGUCCUGUUGUGACAGCAACAGCAGAUGAUGAAGAUGAGG